CGAGGCUCACGUAGUCUGGUGGCGGCAGCCUCCCCUGCCACCUCCCUCCGGGCUCUCCGAUGCAGCGAGCCAGCUGGAGAGGGGGCUUCCCCGCAGCCCAACAGAGUACAAGAGAAUGGAGGAGGCAAUGUGUUGGCCUCAAUACAAAGGAGAAGGCUUUCCUUCCUAUAAAAGUCACAGCCAGAGAGCCAGUAGCUCAGCUGCCUGCACUGUGAAGGGUUCUAGCCUGCUCUAGCCCCGUGAUGGCUGUGGACAUCGAGUGCAGGUACAGCUGCAUGGCCCCCUCCUUGCGCAGAGAGCGGUUCGCCUUCCAGAUCUCCCCGAAGUCAAGCAAACCUCUGAGGCCUUGUAUUCAGCUGAGUGGCAAGAAUGAAGCCAGUGGGACAGUGGCCCCGACCGUCCAGGAGAAGAAGGUGAAGAAGCGGGUGUCCUUCGCAGACAACCAAGGGCUGGCCCUGACAAUGGUCAAAGUGUUCUCCGAGUUUGAUGACCCAUUAGAUAUUCCGCUGAACAUUACCGAGCUCCUGGACAGCAUUGUGAGUCUGACAGCAGCGGAGAGCGAGAGCUUUGUGCUGGAUUUCUCGCAGCCAUCUGCAGACUACCUGGACUUCAGAAAUCGGCUUCAGACCGACCACGUCUGCCUGGAGAACUGCGUCCUGAAGGACAGAGCCAUCACAGGCACCGUGAAGGUGCAGAACCUCGCUUUCGAGAAGAUGGUGAAAGUCAGAAUGACAUUCGACACCUGGAAAAGCUUCACGGACUUUCCCUGUUGGUACGUGAAGGACACGUACGCGGGUUCAGACAAGGACACAUUCUCCUUUGACAUCAGCUUGCCUGAGAAAAUUCAGUCUUAUGAGAGGAUGGAGUUUGCCGUGUGCUAUGAGUGCAAUGGACAGACGUACUGGGACAGCAACAAAGGCAAAAACUAUAGGAUCAUCCGGGCAGAGUUGAAAUCCACGCAGGGAACAGCCCAGCCAGCACAUGGACCAGAUUUUGGAAUAGCCUUUGACCAGUUUGGAAGCCCUCGGUGUUCCUACGGUCUGUUUCCGGAGUGGCCUAGUUAUUUAGGAUACGAGAAGCUCGGGCCCUACUAUUAGUGACGGCCUGGGAUGGAGCCGGGCUGAGUGGGUGCAGGCGCGCCGAGCUGCAUCACCCCAGGAUGGAGAUGGAAGCCCAGAGAAAAGCCGAACUGCCAUCGGGCACAGUGUUUGAAAAGAAAGGAUCCUAGUCACUUUUUUCUUCACUCAGCCAAACCAGCCAGGUUUAGAUCACAGAACUGGGCUGACACUUGGAGGAGGUGGGCAUGCUGGGCCGUUCAGCACCCCUGUGGUGGCAACAAGGGUCUGAGCAGGAUGGUACUGGAAAGGGUCCGGACGGGACCCAGGCCUGCAGGCGGCGCUGGCCAGGCCGGAGGACCGUGGCUCCGUGAUGAGGAGCCCCUCUCCCUUAGGGUGUGGGAAGUCAGUCCCCUGGAAAGCCCCUGGGCACCUCUUCUUGGGGUCUUCCCUGCCCGGCCAGGGCCUCCCCACCUGUUGCAGCUGCCCUGUGUCUGUGCGGCCUUCACACGUUGUGCGUUUUUGUGCAUUUGAUUUUCUUCUACAGCUCAUCUGAUGUUCAGGAAAAGAUAAUAAAGACAGAUCAGCUUGUGACAGAGACAGGCAUCUCCUUUUUCUGACCCCACUCAGGUGUCCCCGCAGAGGAGGACACACUAGCCGUGGAAAGUCAGCGUCACCGAUGGCAGGCUGAUGCCAGGCAGGACAGUCAGGAGUGGGUCACUUUUAGCUUCUCCUCUUGGCUUUGGGGGGAGCUUUCCAAGCACUCACUCUUACCCUGAGUCACCCACCAGCUCAGUUACAAGACGUGUUAUAACUUGCUCAGCUGGUUUGCCUGUGACUCUUUCUUCACAAAAGGAUGUUAGAAUCUCUUUUCCUGGAGAGUCAUCUCUUACGCCGUGUUCAGGACGUUUUGAUUUGCAGAUUCAACAUAUCCUCAACACCUUCAGAAAAUGUUUGGUUGUAUUUUGACUGUGAUUUACAACUCCGCUUUGUAAACGACACUUUACAAGCCCCCACGAACUUUGGUUUGGUUGUUCUUAUUUAUGGUGUGUGGGUAUGUAAAGGGGUAGGGGACAAGCACCUCACCAAGUUCUCAGAUGUUAUUUUCACUGUUUGCCAACUCUGAAGUAUCAGCGAUUAAUUGUUCUUAACCUCAGUGGAUGAAAGCAUUAAAAGUCUGUUGGUUCAU